GAUAGGUGGCGUGGUAGGGAUCUUUGGGAUGCCUAUCAUUCAAGUCUUCGGGAUGAGCCACGAAAACAGUGUUGGGGCACAGGUGCCUUUGGGGGAAAUCAACCCGAUAAAAAGCGAGCAAAAAACUGGAAUAAUACGUGUUCAUGUACACAGAUUUAUAUUAAUCAUCCAAUUGUAAGUGGAAUUCUGAAUGGGACAAAGAAUAAUGUAAAUGAGACCAUAACUGGAGAUGCGUUCAAUGUAAAGAGGAAUAAUCAAGCAGAGGAUAAUGGCGAAUGUUCAAAGCGGACAAAAAUUGAUCAAUAUUUCCCUGCUCACACUAUGAUCUCACCUCCGCUUUUACAAGAAACGAGUGAAAUUAAUGUAGAUUCGCUAGAUUUUAAUGAUGUGGAAAACUCAUAUUCACAAGAAUUAUCACUAGCUGAGUGCCUGUAUACUGAUAAAGAAUGGUCGACAAUGGAAUGGAUUUGGGAAAAGGUUCCACUUUUAUUUUUUUCCUGGUUUAUUUUACCUAUUGAUAUGGAAAUAUUGACAAUAAAAUCAAUUCUAGAUAGAAAAGAAGAUAAUUUGCAUAAUCUUUGGAUUACCAUAAGUGAAACACCAUUUGCAG